AUUGAAAAGCUGCAGCAGGAAGUCAACACAGCUCAGUCGUAGUUUGCUGAUUGCACUAUGGAUCAUUGUGCUCCACUUUCACAUCACCUGUAGCUCAGGGAGUGUCUGCGGUGCUGGGAGCUGACUUUAUCUUCUGUGAACUUUCAUUUGUCCGCGGCAGACAGUGUGCCAGUAAGAUGCAGCUACAACUGUGUUGACCGUCUGCAGCUCAACAAGUCACAACACUGGACAGCUGACAGGCUGAGGCCUGGAUGUGAUACUGGGUCAGUGUGAGUAGGUAACCCUGCCUGAGGGUGCGAUGUGUGGACCUGCCCUGCCCCUGUGUCUGCUGCUCUGGGUAGCAGGGACAGCUGUUUCCAGGACACGAGGUGAGGUCGUAGCUCCUGCCAGUCUGAGUGCAGAGGCGGGUAGCUCCCUCCAGCUGGCCUGCAACGUCACCACGGCGAUGGGUGACACUGUCCGGCAAGUUCGGUGGUACAACAAGCACAAGAAGAUCCUCCUGGCGUACGAGCAGAGCGCCCCCGUCCGCAUCAGCCAUCAGGAGCCCAACGUGCAGCUCACCACCUCCCACAAUGACGCCAGCUCCAUCACCAUCACGAGGGUGCGGCCUGAUGACGAGGGCUGUUACAGCUGCAUCUUUGACGUUUACCCCACGGGCCUGCAAGAGGGCAAGACAUGCAUCAGUGUCACUGGUAAAGUGCACCAGGAGGGCAACAAGACGGCCGUGAGCGGGAAGUCAGCCACCCUGUCCUGCUGGUACAGCCUCCCUGAGAGGGUGCGCCAGGUGCUGUGGAGGAAGACGGCCGAACAAGGCGACACCACCACCGUGGCCUCCUACGCCAAGCACAGCCACCGGAACAUAGCCGACCAGUUUGCGGGUCGGGUCAGCUUGAGCCUCUCCCUGGGGGACACCGACCUGACCAUCCAGCAGGUCAGGACGGAGGAUGAGGCCUGCUACACCUGUGAGUUCCACACAUACCCGGACGGCACCAAAAGCACCACCGCCUGCCUCUUUGUUUAUGUUUUACCCAAACCAGAGGUGAGCCAUGUGACCUCAUCCUCAGGGGUCACUGAGGCAAACUGUACCGCUCAGGCCCGACCUGCAGCGGAGAUCACGUGGAACGUCAGCGGGGACAACCGGACGCUCGGACCGCCCGUUUCUUCUGCCUACGACCAGGGCGACGGCACGACGAUAGUGACGAGCACGCUGUUCUUCCAGUCGGGGCUGCUCAGUGACCUGUCCAUCAAGUGCGUCGUGCACCACCAGGGCCUGGAGAAACCCCUCACAGUGCCCCUCAAGUCAAACGUGGGUCCAGCCAUGGUCGUCCUGCUCUCGGUGUGCGGCGUGGCAGCGGUCCUGCUCCUGUGUCUGUGUGUGUGCCUCUGCAAGUGCUUCAUCUGUACCGACGGUGAGUCCCAACCCAUGCAGCUUCACUUCCAACAAAAAAGCCUCAUGUUUACUCUAUCGAGCCACAUUCACUUAUCUUAAAUGACUUAAACAGUU